CUCCUCGUCUCAUCUCUGGCUUGAUUGUUCUCCUUCGCAUAAAACUGCAUCCAUUGCCCAACGAACUACUGUACAACUUAGUUAGUAGCAGAGCAACAUGGUUGCCACAAGAAGACAAGCAGAUAAUAAUACUAUGCUGGAUCAUGCCACCAUGAUGAUCACAGUGGCAGAUUCUGCCAUUUGUGCCAAAAUCAACCGCAUGAAACAAAUCUGCAAGAUGAAAGGGAAUCAGACUUGUGCGGAUUGUCCUUCCAAGAGACCACUUGGGGUGUCCUUCCUUUCGCGGGACAAGAACAAGAAGAUGGCUGCUGUCCUCUGCUGCUCUCAAUGCAUUCGACACCACAAGUUGGGACUGGGGAACCAGACUCGCAAGAUCCAGUACUCCAGAAUGAUACAGGAGUGGACAACAGAGAACCUGGAUACUCUAGAGUACAGUGGAAACAAGAUGGUCAACGAACUCUAUGAAGCAAAGCUCAGCACUACCAAAGACUUUGACAAAAACCAUGUCUCACACAUGGCUGAGAAAGAAUGGAAGCGUCGAGACAAGUUCAUCAAGGACAAGUAUCAAAAGGGCAGAUAUUAUAAAGGGCCACAAGAAGAAACAAAGUGGUCUUCCGAAGAAAACAUGAAGAGGUCUUCCUCGCUGCCGCUGGUAUUGCUCGCUGAUGACGAAUCUUCUUCAUCCUCCUCAUCGUCGCAUGUUUCCACAAUGGCGCCGUACCAUGAGCAGCGGCAACAUCAACAUCGUCGUGAAAGCAAAGCAGAGGACAGAAGAGAAGAGUCCAGGUCACGAGUGCGUAGCAUUCUGCAGCGUCAAAGAAGUCGCAGUGAGGGAUACAAGGCGAGAAAACGAGAAGGAGCUGAUCCUCGUUCCCACCACAAAAGAAGUCAAAUCCCCAGCACUAUUUCUCUGCAAGUGGAUACGCCCAAGAAGACAGCAGAAAAGACCAGCCACAGUAGCCGUAGCCAUCGAUCAUCGCUUGCACGAAGCAACAACAACCACAACCACAACCACAGCAGAAGGCAGGAAGCUCUGGAAGGACGCGCAUCUCGCAGAAAACAGGGUGCGCUUACCCGCCGCAGGAGCCGGUCGGAGGGGAGGAGCGAAAGAGAAAAAGUUUCACAUGAACUCAAGAGCCGAAGCGAUAGCAGUCUUCUUGGCAGCAGUAGACGCAUCAGGCUCAGUGCAACCAUGCUUAUUAAUCCUGAUCAUUCGACGGGAGUUCCAGAAAACUUCAAUAAGGUGAACUUCGACGGGCCUGAAAGGUAUCGGGAAGCACUCAAGCAAAUGGUCCAGCCCGCAAACACGGAGGCCCCGGUUGUGCGGGGAUCUCGAAGGAAAGAAUCCUAAUAGUAUCACUAACAGGUAACUUAGCAUUAUUCAAUGUCAUCGAAAUCAUGUCACAAAAUUCUACAGUUAGCUACUGCUAUGACAUACC